GAUUAACAAGAUGGUUGGAGUCAUCUUGUUGUUCCUGCUCAUAAGAGGUGUUCCGGCUCAGGAAGAAUUUAAAUUAGAUCAAAAACUCUUUUUAGAGGAGGUUCCACCUAGUUCCAUUGAACAUCAACCCUCUCCCAACUUAGAGCAGGUUCCAGCUAGUUCCAUCGAAUAUCAACCCUCUCCCUUCUUUGAGCAGGUUCCAAAUAGCUCCAUUGAACAUCAACCCUCUUCCUUCUUAGAUCAAGUUCCAGCUAGCUCCAUUAAUCAUCAACCCUCUUCCUUAUUAGAGCAGGUUCCAGCUAGUUCCAUUAAUCAUCAACCCUCUUCCUUCUUAGAGGAGGUUCCAGCUAGUUCCAUUCAACAUCAACCCUCUCCCUUCUUAGAGCAGGUUCCAGCUAGUUCCAUUAAUCAUCAACCCUCUCCCUUCUUAGAGCAGGUUCCAGCUAGUUCCAUUCAACAUCAACCCUCUCCCUUCUUAGAGCAGGUUCCAGCUAGUUCCAUUCAACAUCAACCCUCUCCCUUCUUAGAGCAGGUUCCAGCUAGUUCCAUUCAACAUCAACCCUCUCCCUUCUUAGAGCAGGUUCCAGCUAGUUCCAUUCAACAUCAACCCUCUCCCUUCUUAGAGCAGGUUCCAGCUAGUUCCAUUCAACAUCAACCCUCUCCCUUCUUAGAGCAGGUUCCAGCUAGUUCCAUUCAACAUCAACCCUCUCCCUUCUUAGAGCAGGUUCCAGCUAGUUCCAUUCAACAUCAACCCUCUCCCUUCUUAGAGCAGGUUCCAGCUAGUUCCAUUCAACAUCAACCCUCUCCCUUCUUAGAGCAGGUUCCAGCUAGUUCCAUUCAACAUCAACCCUCUCCCUUCUUAGAGCAGGUUCCAGCUAGUUCCAUUCAACAUCAACCCUCUCCCUUCUUAGAGCAGGUUCCAGCUAGUUCCAUUCAACAUCAACCCUCUCCCUUCUUAGAGCAGGUUCCAGCUAGUUCCAUUCAACAUCAACCCUCUCCCUUAUUAGAGCAGGUUCCAGCUAGUUCCAUUGAACAUCAACCCUCUCCCUUCUUUGAGCAGGUUCCAGAUAGCUCCAUUGAACAUCAACCCUCUUCUUUCCUGGUGCAAGUUCCAGCAAACUCCAUUAAUCAUCAACCCUCUUCCUUCUUAAAGCAGGUUCCAGCUAGUUCCAUUAAUCAUCAACCCUCUUCCUUCUUAGAGCAGGUUCCAAAUAUUUCCAUUGAACAUCAACCCUCUUCCUUCCUAGAGCAGGUUCCAGCUAGUUCCAUUAAUCAUCAACGCUCUUCUUUUUUUGAGGAAAUUGGCUCCACAGAACAAAAUUCUUCCCCCUUUCCUGAGCAUAUUACAGCUGGAAUAGCACAACAACAACCUUCUCCCCUCCUUGAGCAAGUUACAGAAGAACAGUCUAUAAUGCUCCUUCCUGAGCAUGUUGCAGAUAGCUCCUUGGCACAACAACUAUCAUUCACAAGUGAGAAUGCACAAGCUAGUUCCACAGAGCAGCAACAAUAUCAAAUAGAUGAAUUAAACAAGAAACCAUCCCUCACUGUCAAGAAUGUCCCAGUCAACAACUUCUCCAAUGUUGAUGCUAUCAGUCAAGAGGAUCUAAUUGAAAAUAAUCAGGCUCAGAAAACAACAGAUAACAAACUCUUGGAACAUGAGAAUAUUUUAACAAAAUCCAAAAACUAUCAGAGAUUUGUAAUGGGUGCCGAAGCAUUAGAUAAGAGUUUCAAACUUGAUAGAGGUUCCCCCUUAGCAUCUGACAACUCUGAUUCUAAGAUUAGACUUACUGCUGUUGAUAAUAGAACACCUAGGAAGAUUUCUUCACAAGAUCGUAAUCCAUCCUUAGCCAGUAGAUCUUUAAAAUCAAAGCUAACCAACACAGAGUUUCUGUCAGGGGAUGGAAUAAAUGCACCAGUUCCAAGAUCUACAACUUUAUCCAGCAUAUUUACUGAGGAAUCAGACCUUCCAGUACUUGAGCAGAAAAUAUUUGCUCGCCAGGUUCCAGAGCAAAGACGAAGAAGACCAGUGAAGGUGGAACAAGAUUUGGAAGAAACUAGUAGCCGGAUACUUCCUGCACCAAUUCUUAGGGCCAGAAAAAGAAUAAACAAAACUAGAGUUGGUGCAUCAGCAAACACUGAUUCAGAAGUCUCCCCAGAAACAUCAUCACCAGCAGAGACAAUUUCCGAUGAUAAUACAUCUGAUGAUAACCAUGAAGUUGACAGACUAUUUAAAGUGGAGUCUAUUGCCAGAAUUCCUGAUAAGGAGAGGAUGAAAACAAGAUUAAACCAAGAUGAGACACAAUCUGAAAAUAAUGAUCAGUUUCUUCAAAUUCCCAUUGAAAUAUUGAUUCAGAAAACAAAGAAUGUCGGCUCUUCGACUAAAAAGUUGCAAGACAAAAGUCCAAAAAACAUCAAGGAGUGUCCUGAAAUUUCUGAAAGAGCAGCACUUGAAAUUGAAGAAUUAAAAAACAGGACAGACCUUAAUAUACAAUAUGCCAAUGAGAAGCAAAUAGAGAUUCAAUACUUGCAGGUUGAAAUAGAAGCUUUGGAGAAUGAAACCUUUGUUUUUGAGCAGAAAAUUGAAGAUCUUGAAAAUGAAAUAUAUAACCUAAGAGAAGAUCUGAAUCUGAAAGAGGAGGUGUUUAAUGCUACCAAAAAUGAAAAUAUACAAGUUCUCAUUAAACUUAAUAAAACUUUAUUAGAAAAAGAUGAAACGAUGAUUGAGAUUCAAAAGUCAGCUGAACUAUUUAGUCUAGAAAAGAGAGACCUUGAGAAAACUAUCCAGGGUCUAGAGAAAACAAACCUAGAUUUGCAAGCCAAGAAUACGGAACAUUUGUUAGAAAUUGAAAAAAUUGACGAAGAAAAGAAGGAUCUGCUUAAAAUUGUCCAACAACUUGCAAUAAUUGGAAAAAAUAUCUUGCCUGUAGAUGACUUAGAAAAUCUUGAACGAAUAACCAGAGCAAAUACUAUACUUUACUAUACUCCAGCUGAUAAUAAUUCUGCUAUUUAUGUCAAGAGUGACACUAUCAAUGAACAAGGACAUCUUGAGACUACCCCAGGACUAGAUCUAGGGGAUUUUAACCUAGAAUUAGACUUUACAACAGAAGCAUUUGGUUCUAACCAGGAAAACUCAGAUCAAAUUGACUAUUCAACAACCCCAGCAUUUCUUGAAGCUGAUCCAACAAAUGACUACUCAGGAAUCGAAAACACUGUUUCUCAAGCAAGCAUAUGGAAUCAGGGAAUCCAAGCUGAAAUGGAAUCAAACCUUGAAAAUGAGAUUAGACAGGAAAGACAUAAUGCUGGGUUAGAUGUAAAACUGGAAAAGUCUGUAAUGGAGACUUCAUCACAAGAAAUGAUUUGGGAGGAAGAUCUUCGUGCAGAAAUGGAAUCUUCUCUUUUAAAUGCUGUAAGAUUAGAAAGACAUAACUCUGGCCUGGAUAUAAAACUAGAAAAACCUAAUGAGGAGUCUUUGGUACAGGAAAUAAGAUCGGAAGAGGGCAUUCAGGAUGAAAUGAAAACGUCAUUAGAAGAACAAAUGAGAAAAGAGAGGUACAACUCUGGACUAGAUGAAAUGUUAGGAAAGAUGGAUGACCCUCUGAUUCAGACAAAUAUCUGGGAAGAAGGAAUACAAAAUGAAAUGGAAUUUUCUCUUUUAGAUGCUGUUAGACUAGAAAGGUAUGAUGCAGGACUAGAUGCUAAAUUAACAGAAAAUGGAGAAACAUUGACACAGCAGUUAAUCUGGGAGAAGGAAAUUCAAUAUGAUAUGGAAUCAUCUAUACUGAAUGCAAUUAGGUUGGGAAGGAACAAUGCUGAAUUAAGUACAGUAUCUGAAGAUAAGGGUUGGGAUAAAAAAAUACAAAAUACAGAUAAUUUGGAAUAUAAUGAACCUGAUCUAGAAUUGGUAGAAGAAUUGGAGUUUGAGAUGGACACAGACACAGGAACAGAAUCGGAAACAAUAUCAGAGCAACAUUUGGAGCCAGAAUAUAUAUUAGAAUCAGACCCGAUCUGGGAGAAAGAUUUGGAAACAGAAUCUGAAACCCAAUGGGAAACAGAAAUGACCACAGAAUUGAACCAAAUUUUUUAUUCUGUAUUGGAAUCAAGAUCCACGGAAAACUUAAAAACUCGGAAUAAAACUGAAUUUGAUUCAGAGUUGGGAACAGAAUAAUAUUAAAAUUUCAACCUAAAUUAGAAUCCGUUUGUUAAAUGCAAAUAGAAGCAAAUGCUGAAAAACUAAGUUUUGCAAUUUCCGCAUUUAAUUUUUCUACAUUGUUAACAAAACUCUAGCCUGAAAGGGGUUGUCCUCAAAAGCAUAAUACACUCUACAAUUAAUUAAAUUCAAAGUGUAGAAUUAUCUGAAUUUAAAUUUUUUUGCUUAACAGGAGAAAAAAGCUCAAUCAUUUGUUAGUUGAAUAUUACUGAACCUAAAAAUCUUAGAUAUAAAUUGAAAAAACCCAUAUUGAAAUGUAGCUUUAGAGGACUGUUAGGGUGAUUUCAAGUGAGCAUGCAUGAAUAUCUGAUUAACAAUGGUACCCAAUUUUUAUCUGAUCAACAAUGUGAAAUAUUUUGUGGUUAGUCUAUAGGUUCAAAAGUCUUCAAUUCUCAUCAUUCCUAAAUGUUUUCCUGCAGUAAAAAUGCUUAAUUGUUUGUUUUGUAGAAAAAUAACAAUUUAAAAAAAUCAAU